CACAGCUCUGCCCAGAGCCGGCGUCACUCCGUGGUGGGACACAGAGGGGACACGCAGCUGAGCGGGACACGCGCAUCCUUGUGCUGCAGCCGCUGCCAUGGGCUCCCGGCACUUCCCGGCGCGCACCGUGCUGUUCGAGAGGGAGUCCAGCGGGGUCACGUACCGAGUGCCCGCCCUGCUCUACCUGCCCUGCGGCUCCAAGCUGCUGGCCUUCGCCGAGGAGCGCCUCAGCGCCGACGAUGCCCACGCCAACCUGCUGGUGCUGCGCCGCGGCUCCAUCUACGGCACCUUCGUGGAGUGGGAAGACAUGCGUGUGCUGGAGACAGCCACGCUGCAGCACCACCGCUCCAUGAACCCCUGCCCGCUCUACGACGAGUUCACGGGCACCCUCUUCCUCUUCUUCAUCACGGUGCUGGGCAGGACGCCCGAAGCCUACCAGAUUGUCACCGGCCAGAACGUCACCCGCCUGUGCUGUGUCACCAGCGCUGACCAGGGCCUGAGCUGGAGCACGGCCACAGACCUGACACAGCAGGUCAUCGGGGCCACCAUCAAAGACUGGGCGACGUUCGCGCUGGGCCCCGGGCACGGCAUCCAGCUGCGCUCGGGCCGGCUGCUGGUGCCCGCCUACAGCUACCACAUCGACUGCAAGCAGUGCUUCGGGCAGCUCUGCAAGACCACCCCGCACUCCUUCGCCUUCUACAGCGACGACCACGGCCGCGCCUGGCGCUUCGGCGAGUUCAUCCCCAACCUGCAGUCGGGCGAGUGCCAGCUGGUGUCGGUGGAUGAGGAGGACGGAUCCAACGUGCUCUACUGCAACGCCCGCAGCCCGCUGGGCUUCAGGGUGCAGGCGCUGAGCACGGAUGACGGGGCCGUGUUCCACGGGGGGCAGCUGGUGCAGCGGCUGGUGGAGCCGCCCCACGGCUGUCACGGCAGCGUCAUCGGCUUCCCCGCACCGCUCGUGUAUGUCCCCGCUGCCUCCCGGGACACCGGGGUGCCCUCCCGGGGCUCGGGGUGCCGGCUGCUCCCCGGGGCGCUCCGGGGGUUUGGGCACCCGCACACCCAACAGGCAGGAUGUGCUGAGCUCCCCGCUGAGCCCCGUGAGCAUUGUGCCACCCCAGGGCAGCACGGUGAUGCCCACAGUGUCACCUCGGUGCGGGGGGACUCUGCAGCCACCCCCAGCCCCACUCCCUUCUUCCAAGCGCCGACGUGGAUCCUGUACUCGCACCCCACCAGCCCCAUGUCGCGGGUGAACAUGGGCGUCCACCUGAGCACCUUCCCCAGGGACGCCGAGAGCUGGACGGAGCCCUGGGUCAUCUACGAGGGCCCGAGCGCCUACUCGGACCUGGCGUGCCUGCAGCUGCCGCAGCGGGACGCGCCCCUGGCCGGCGGCACCGCCACCGCCUUCGCCUGCCUCUACGAGAACGGCGUGAGGAGUCCCUACGAGCAGAUCUCCUUCAGCAUGUUCACGCUGCACGACGUGCUCCAGAACAUCCCCCUGACAGCCGCUGCUCCCCCGCGGGGGAAGAGGAAGAGGAAGAGGAGGAGGAGCUGCUUCAUCUCCUAGAGCCCGCCCAGGGCAGCUCCCACCAUCACCACCCUGGAUCCUGGAGCAUCAGCCCUCGGCUGGGUCCUGCCACCGUCCGGCACGGCCACAGCACACGGAGGUGUGUCGCUGUCCCCUCAAUGGGGUUUGUCUCACUUUUAUUGCUGUUUUUAAAAUUCUAUUUUGGGUGGGGAGGCUUUUGCCCCCAGCUCUGGUGGUGUUCACAGAGGUCUCAGGACGAGGGAAGAGAUGAGAAUCUUGACUCCAUGUUUCAGAAGGCUGAUUUAUUAUUUUAUUAUAUAUAUUAUAUUAAAAUAUAAUUAUAUAUUAAAACUGUACUAAAAGGAUAGAAGAAAGUAAAUGAAUGAUAAUAAAAUCUUGUGACUGUCUAGAGAGUCCGAGCCAGCUGACUGUGAUUGGCCAUUAAUUAAAAACAACUGUGUGGAUCAAUCACAGAUCCACCUGUUGCAUUCCUCAGCAAUAGAUAAUCAUUGUUUACAUUUCAUUUCUGAGGCCUCUCAGCUUCUCAGGAGGAAAAAUCCUAGCAAAAGGAUUUUUCAUAAAAUAUGUCUGUGACACCGAGCCCAGCCUCAGGCUCCUCUCCAAGCAGGAGCCACCUCUGGAAACAAAUACUGGGGGGCAGCAGCAGCCGUGCAGGGGGAGGCAGCCAGGGGUUUGGGUUGGGGUAAAGUUCUGUCCCUUCAUUGUAGCUGGGAUGGGGCUGGGUUUUGUAUUUGGGCUGAUGAUAAAGAAACAUUUGUAUUGCAUUUCUGUCUGUCUGGGAUUUUAGUGA